GGGGUGAAAACAGCCCCUAAAGUUAGGGAUGAAAACUAUGUUUUUUUUAUAUAUCUCGAAAACUAGAGGAGCUAGGACAAAAAGUUUUGUUUUCAUAAUAUGCGCUUUUGAAUGGGUGAUUUAUGUAUGCCAGAAGAAAUUGUUUAUUUGUUUAUUUAAACAAUUUAUUUUUGAAAAAAUGUUUUUUUUUUUUGUUAAUUUAUGUUACUAAAUAUUGUUUCUCAUUCAUGAAAAUUUAUGUGUAAACUACAGGGUAUAAUUAAGGAUACAUGUUUUUGGAAAUUUUGAUUUUCACCAUAUAACAAUAAUUAUAUUAAAUUGGGCAUUCCUAUUUCCGCGCCGAAAAUGUGGCAUCUUUAUCAUUUUUUUUCUCAUAAAGUAUGCAAGAUUUUAAUUUGAAAUUUUACCCACGUCUCUAGUAUUAUUUUACUAUGAUGUAUACAUUUCUAUGGAAAGAUUUAUCGAAAAAUAUUAAUAUUACAGCCCAUUGAUCGUGACGCUGCAAUGAACACAUUGACCGCUGGUUGACUUGAUUUCUACCGUUCAAAUGAACCGAAGUAAAUAAAUCAAUUAGCGUUUUAUUCAAUAUGAAUGUCGUUAUCCUCUAGCGAAAAACAAAAUCAAAAGUUAAUUUUCGAGGUAUUAAUUGUAUGAGCACGUUGCGUAGCAUGUGUACCCGUGACUUCAUCACAUUUCUCAAGUGAACGGUGUGGUCAAGCGCUUAAGGCUUUGGCUUAUGGUGACGCUGUUCCGUGUUCGUUUCCUGAAAGUUGUUAUUUUUUUUUUUUUUUUUUUUUGUUAGUUUAAACAUUUUCAUGCUUUAAUUAUUCUAUUAUUUGCUGUGGAAAAAUAAAAAACAUUUAAAAUCAUAUUAACUUAAUUUUUUGAAUGCUCCAAACAGGAAUGUUUCUCGUUUAAAAUAUAUGGUAGCUCUGAAAAGAGCUGAUUUUGUCGUGAUGUUUCUACGUCGUUAAAAUAAUAAUUUUCCAAAAAUGUGGGAAUUCGUGACGUAGGCAAGUUUUUGGAAUUUCCCACAAUAGGUAGAGAGGGUUCGAAUGACAACGGGUACUGAAAAGAGUUGCUCUAUAUUCCAUUGUAAAGAAGGGUUGAAAUAAAUUAUUACUGGAGUAUGUGGAAGAUACAUCGUGCAGUGUCAUAAAAUCGAGGACGUUGUUACAUAUACCUGAAGAUGGGUUGCAAUAAAAAGUUUGCUGAUUCUUUGAAAAUGGAGCAAGAAAAUUAUAAACUUUAUGGCACUAUGGAAGAAACGCGAAAUAAAAGAUGUUGUUUUAUGGACAAAAUAAGCCUCCUCGUAGGAGUGGGGAAAGUUACCAUUGCAUUGUCCAACAAUAUAAAUAUCCUAGUCAAAACGGCAGGAGGUUCAUUCUACACGUUUAUUCGAGGAGUAAACUGUAAGGUAGCGGACUAAUUCUGCGAAAAACGACAUUUCAACGGAAUAACCAACACUUGAAGAAUUCGACAUCAACCACAGAGUCUCCAAGAGUAUAAAGCAAUCGGCGCAGAUUGGCGAGGCCAAAAUCCCGAUCACCUUAUUCGUAUUCUUUAUUCUUAAUUUUUUACUUUAAUUAAUAAUUUAAUUUUUUACUUUAAUUAAUAAUUAUUUUCUAAUACUUAUUUUAUUCAAUAUGAGUAUCAACGCCAUUAAUAUUAUAAACAUUUUAAUGAAAUCUUAUAAUUAUAGCAGUAGUAAUGUGUCAACGCCCAUAAACGGAAAAGAGAUUGAAUUGUCAAAUAAUAUUAUAAAUUUGAUUGGUAGGUGUAAGGAAGCAUUUUAUACAGAGAUCGAGGUACAAGACGAACUAGUAUUCGAUGAUGCAAUUGACGAGCCAUCAUUACCUAAUGACGAGCAGAACUUCAAAGAGGCUUCUACUUCAACGUCACAUUUCGUGAAAGAACAGCCAUCAAGUUUAUUAGAGGAAGGUCUCGGAGAAAAGGAUUACAAUGUAAGCAGUGAUUACAAAAGAGAAGUCGUGAACUUUUGGAAAAGCGGAAAAAAGAGACCAUUGAAUUUUGAAACUGUACAAAAAAGGUACAGAAGAGUAAGAAAUCGUAGGCAAUUAUACAGAUGGGAAGAACAAGUCCAAAAAGGCGGAUCACGAUCGAAUAAGCUUAAGGAAAUUGCGCAGAGAACACUAAACAAAUUUAUUGAAGCAAGAAAUCGUAAAAUGAUUGUUCACGACAUUCACAUUAAGAGAUGGGCACUCCAUGCAAACCAAACAAUAAAUUUACAAUUAGAAGGGUUUCAAGCCUCGACAUAUUGGUUAUGGAAUUUUAAAAAUAAAUACAACGUAGUAUCACGAAAAACGACCAAAUUUGUUACUCGCCAUUAUCAGAACAAUGUACAAGAAAUAAGUACAAUGGCUGACAAUUUUGUAACGAAUACAAAAAGAUAUUUUGAAAGAACGAUAAAUUCCGAUACAUACUGCGCCCAACUGGACCGUUUGAAGACAGCUAUUGACGAAAAACGACCGGAAUUAGCAAAUCGAAAAGGUAUCGUGUUCCAGCACGACAACGCUAGACCGCACGUCUCGAUACAAAUAAGACAGAAGUUGUUGCAGCUUGGGUAG